AUGGCUCUUUAUGAAGCUGGCGAACCAUCGACCCAAGCGGAUAUCGGAGCGCGAUUACUCGCGAAACUUGUAGAAGCACCAGCUUUGCAAAAUCGUCUCAAGGAGAUUGCACCGCUCCUAGGAUCUCAAUCACAUCUACAGGGCAUAACGAAGCUGAAAGACGGGGUUUUUGCAUACAGGUGGAUCUCAGAAUUUGAUUGUCUUCGCACCGAUAUCCUCAACAGCGGAUAUAAAGACAACAUAGCCGAAACAGGCGCAGUGAUCCGAGAGCCGAAGCCGAACGAACAUACGUAUCCCCGGGCUGCGGUACUACUGCUUCACAAAGCCAGACUUCACACAAGUGUUGACGAAAUAUUUCUCCUUCAAUGCCUUCCUGUAGAUACGGAAACACACAGAGCGAUUAUUCGUCGCAUCCUAGAGAUCGACCCCACGUUAAAACCUGCCAGCAUUACAGAUAUGAACACGAAGCUUCUUACGCAAAGUCUCACACUCCCUAAAAUAAAAAGCGAGGCACUAUUGCAGUCAGACUCGCUUUGCCUGGUACUACAGAAUGUCAGUUUGGAGAUGGUCCCGCCGCUAGCUCCUUUCCUUCUCGUUCCCCGUCUCACAUCUAAAGUCGAAGUAGCAUAA